AUGGCCCGGCAUUGGUACCACAAAGCAGCAGAUAAGAGGCCGAAUUUUGGCCAGAUCCAACAGCAUCUGGCUGUUCUUGCCUGGCCAGACAUGCUUCAAGAGCUCUUUUACUACACAAAAAGUCUGGUUAGCGUCGGCUUGUUUCCUCCUGCUGGAGAAAGAAUUACAUCAUUUUUCCAACGCGUUUCCAAUGAACCCAAGCCUGAUUAUCUACUGAUAUUUAGUUCUGUGUUUGUGACCGCUCAUGGAACUCUGCUCACGCAAGGUUCUCUGUCUGAUUUCAGAAUGCAUGUGGAUUUGCAUCUGCUCUACCUGAAUGAAUACAUCUGUCAACUUGGGAGUGAGUUCAAGAUGCAUGGGGUUCCUAUCACAUCGUGCAAUUUCGCUGCCAUUUUUCAGUAUGGAUCUACCAACGCUGUGCUAUCUAACGAAUUCAAGGAGGGCUUGGCACAAGACGAGAUAAAUCUGACUGUGCUAAUGAAUUGGACGCCUGUUGAGAACUUGGACACAAUUGAGGCUGAGUUUUGCGAGUAUCAGAACUCGCAAUCUCAGGAAAAACUGGUCUACUACAGUGCUCAUGUCACCUUCAAGAUGAUCUGGAGUAACAUGGAUUUUCAUGUCGCAGAGGACAGAAAGUGUUUUCCAGAAGAUUUCCUUUUUCGUAGGCAGGUCAGGAGUCAGCGAUACUUCUCUGCUGACUAUUUUGAGGGUGCUUUGGCGGAAGAUAAUGGACGCUCGAUUCAGGUGCUGUCUCUGACCAUUGCGAGGAUGUAUCGAUGUUUAUGGUUAGGGGUCCAACUUGCAAAAUUCGACCGUUGGAUCAUGUAUGAUUCGUCGAUUUCCCCUAAAUUUUCUGUGACACAAUUUGCCCUAAACCUCGAAAAUCGCGCUCAACGUUGUGAUAUAUAG